UUUUUUCUCCCGUGCGGCAGAGAAUACUUAUCAUCGGCACCGAUAGAUGGCUGGUCAGAAUAGUCCGAUGGUGGUGGAUUGCAAUUGCGCCACCAAAAUCAAGGAGGAGGGGACAGAGCUGGCCGCCGGCGAGCAGUGUGCCUGCGCCACCAAAUUGAAGCUGCCGGAACCGGCGAAGCAACCUGCUGCUGGAGGAGAUGGCGUCGAGGCACCCACUAAGAAGAUGACGCGGCUGUCCCAGGAGGAUAUUGAUUGGAUCCUUUCCCAGACGAAGCAGCCUGACCACAAGUACUAUGAGCUCGGUACCUCGCCGGAAGAGGUCGCCGAGGAGAGGGAAUUCUACCGCAGCCUGUGCGAGUCGUACGAUUCCCACUGGGAAGAAUUCUCCAGGUUCCAGGACUGGGUCCGCGGCGAGUACUCCACCAAAGGCUUUGUCGAGGUUGACGAUGACUUCCUCGCCCGCAGGGCUAGUUGCAAAGCGCUCAUCGAAGAAGAAUGGGAUAAAAUGUUCGAAGGCUUCUCCGAUGCCGACUUUGGAGAAGAUACCGAUUUGCAAGGAGAUGAUGUUGACGAUUCAUAUCUGUAUGCUGAGAGGAAAUUUACUUGAAUAGUCUAAAUUUCAGUUAACGUGGUUAUGGAAGCAGAAAUAUCACAGUUUUUUUUUGCUGGUGAUACCUAACCCAACGUGUUUAUUCGUGGCCAUUGUAUUCCACAAAUCCUCACCCUAACCAAAUGGUGUUGUUCUGUGGAACCUCAUGGCCACAAAUUAAACUGAAUUUUCAGGGUUUUUUGU